AUGAUUGUGGGCGGGAGGCUUGGGCCUGUCUGCUGGAGUUAUGGGGAGCCGGAUCAUGUCCGAGAGCAGUGCCAGUUUGACAGGAGUGCCAUUACUCCUGCCAUUACUGAAGUGGAAAAGGCUGAAGAGGACAGUGGAAAAAAUGUUCAACACACUGACAGCUGGGAAGAGGAGAUUAGUGUAGCUGUAUUCCCCCCUGUGAUGGUGGUUAAAAUGCCAUCUCCCACAGCCGUGGUUAAAUUAAAGUGUGCAGUGCCCACUUCACAAAGUAGUAGCCCAAGGAUUAUACCACAGCCCAACAAAACCUAUCUCCGCAUGACUGCUCCCACUGGGCAUGCCGUCUAUAAUGGCAAUGCUACUUUGAAAGUCAGUGGUGUUAAUGGGCGUUGUGGGUCUGGCCCCUCAGGGUCUUUUCUGGAACAUUUAUCCCAACAAAAAAACCUGGAGAGCACACUGUCCCUAUCCAACGACAGCCUCAUGUCAGCCUCUAAAGAGAACAUAGUGCGCUCACAGAGUUUGACCCACUUCAGGAGUUUAGCAUCCCCCACCAACCUUCCUAUGACCCGUUCCUUCUCUUUUAACAAAGCUUCAGAGCUUACUAAAGAGCUUCCCAGACCCAUAGCACAAUCUCCAGUGGCUAGGUCACCCCUCAUUCAGCCAAAUCUGCUAUUAGCUGAAGGAAAAGUGGACAGGUACAGGAUUGCUAGUGGCCCUUUGCUAACAGGCACAAUAAAGAAAUCUCUUUUACCCAGCUUUACAGGUUACGAGCCCUCGGCGCUCAGCUACAGACUGAUACGUCCAUCACUAACCAAAUAUCCCCAUCCUGUUGUAGCUGGGACUGUCCAGAAUGAAGCAGAAUUGAGAAAUGUCAAAGACCCUACAAAGGUAGUGGAAAUCAGUUUAGAACCAACUAGCAAUGCUGAGAGUGCUGGAACUACUCCAGACGAGACCCCAUCUGAAACAAAGGAGGUGGAUCUGGGCCCCUCCUUGGAGGUCUUGGAGGACAUGUCGCUAUUGUCCACCUCGAUAUAUGACGACACUAGUGAGGAGUACAUUGAUGACUUUGAUAAUCUAGGGAACGGAGGUGAGAUCUUACUGUUGCCCAUCCACCAAGAUGGGUUAGACCACUUAGGACUAUGUGAGGAUGAAAACGCUCUGAUCUCUCAGUGCAAUGAGGAGUCAUCGGUAACCAGCCUGCACAGCUUCCUGUCUGAAACUGUUGAUUGGGCAGGGAUGGGCCUCACAGAGCAUUCGGCAAUGGACUGCCUUUUUGGUUGGAGAUUGAGAUAUCAAGUAGGAAUAUCCCACAUUCGACUUUCAAUGGAACACAGAUUAAUGCUCACAGUUAACUGUAACUUGUAUCACUCUUUUUCAGCUGGUAAAGAUGGCUUUGAGUGCGAGACUUUGGCUGCUGUAGGAGAUUUUUGUCAUGGCUUGUCUCUGGACCUGUCACCCUCGGUCAGCUCCAGUGGAACCUACAUGUGGGAUAAAGAGGGGCUGGAAGCACUGGGGGGAUCUGGACACCCAUGUGGGAGUUAUGACUCUGAUCUCAACAGCAUUACGGAUGCAUCAGAGAGGGGGUUGGGGCCAUGCUUUCGCAGGAGGUGGAGGGCUCCGUGCUGUACAUUAGUCAGAAGCUCCCUUUGAGAGAGACCAAUUUCAGCACCAUCGAGAAAGAGUGCCUUGCCAUCAAGUGGGCAGUCCUAAUCCUCCGCUACUACCCACUAAGUGAGCCUUCAUCCUCCACUCGGAUCACACCCUGCUUCAGUGGCUCCACUGCAUGAGGAUGGUACCUGGCACUUCAGCCCUUCAGGUUUA